GGGUAAGGGAGGAAGAAGCAGGUGUCGGAGGAGGGGGGCCCCCCUUUCUCGGGCACAGGGGCUGCAACGCUGCCCCCCUCAUCUAAUGGAAGGGUCCUGCCCGCCAUCUGCGCGCGCGGGGUCUGCAACCAGGGAGGAGGCAGAAGGAGGCGGUGGAUCAGCCACGGGUCAACCCUGGCGGGCUUCCGUCCGCAAGCGGAUGCCUGGAAGUUGACGCGAACUCCGGGCCUCUGGGAAGCCCCCGGGAGCCAGGGCGACUCCCAUCGCGGGACAGGCCUCCACCGGCGCUGCCUGCUCCGCCGGGCCUGGAGGAGGGGCCGCUUCGCCCCUGCAAGGCGUGAGGGCGGGGACCCGGGCCAGAGACCCGCGCCGGGAGGGAGCGCGGCGCCCGCCGCCCUUCAAUUGGCCGCGCCGCCCCCUCUCCGGAGACGCGGGAGGCGGCGGCCCUCCAUUGGUCGGGCUAGUCGGCCAAUCCCUGAAAGUCCGGGGCAGGCGGUGGGGGGCAGUUCGUGCGGGACUCCGGAGCAGAGCGGGAGCGUCUGGGGUUCCUCGUCCGACCGAGCAGCCGAGGCACCGCCCGCGUCCCGCCGCCGCGUCCCGGCGACUCCUGCGCCGCCCCAGGAGAGCGAGCUGCGAGCAUCUUGUAGUGCGGCCACUCCUCGGGGCCAGGAGCGGGGAAACCGAGUGCAAGAAACCCUCGGACCCGAACUCAGCCUCUUCCCGCCGCGCGGAUCAUCAUGACCCACUUCAACAAGGGCCCUUCCUAUGGGCUCUCGGCCGAGGUCAAGAACAAGAUUGCUUCCAAGUAUGACCAUCAGGCAGAAGAAGAUCUCCGCAACUGGAUAGAAGAGGUGACAGGCAUGAGCAUUGGCGCCAACUUCCAGCUGGGCUUGAAAGACGGCAUUAUCCUCUGCGAACUCAUAAACAAGCUCCAGCCAGGCUCAGUGAAGAAGGUCAAUGAGUCCUCGUUAAACUGGCCUCAGUUGGAGAAUAUCGGCAACUUUAUUAAAGCUAUUCAGGCUUAUGGCAUGAAGCCACAUGACAUAUUUGAAGCAAAUGAUCUUUUUGAGAAUGGAAACAUGACCCAGGUUCAGACUACGUUGGUGGCCCUUGCAGGUCUGGCCAAAACAAAAGGAUUCCAUACAACCAUUGACAUUGGAGUUAAGUAUGCAGAAAAACAAACAAGACGUUUUGAUGAAGGAAAAUUAAAAGCCGGCCAGAGUGUAAUUGGUUUGCAGAUGGGAACCAACAAAUGCGCCAGCCAAGCAGGUAUGACAGCCUAUGGGACGAGGAGGCACCUUUAUGAUCCCAAAAUGCAAACUGACAAACCUUUUGAUCAGACCACAAUUAGCCUGCAAAUGGGCACCAACAAAGGAGCCAGCCAGGCGGGAAUGUUAGCACCGGGUACCCGAAGAGACAUCUACGAUCAGAAGCUAACAUUACAACCCGUGGACAACUCGACGAUUUCCCUACAGAUGGGUACCAACAAAGUCGCUUCCCAGAAAGGAAUGAGUGUGUAUGGGCUUGGGCGGCAAGUGUAUGAUCCCAAAUACUGUGCUGCUCCCACAGAGCCUGUCAUUCACAACGGAAGCCAAGGAACAGGAACCAAUGGGUCAGAAAUCAGUGAUAGUGAUUAUCAGGCAGAAUACCCAGAUGAGUAUCAUGGCGAGUACCAAGAUGACUACCCCAGAGAUUACCAGUAUGGUGAUCAAGGCAUUGAUUACUAGGUUCACAGAGGGGCUCAGUGUUUAGCCCAUUGUUCUUAUUUGGUGAGAACCAAGCUAGCCUUGAGUAAUUUUUAUCUUGUCUUCCUAAAACACUAUUAUGCUUAUUGUACCUAAAGGAACUAUUGCCUUACAUACAUUCCUUUUUCCUUUUUCUGCCUCUUCCCUAAAUAGUUGCCUUUUAGUGCUGUGACAGUUAAAUCCUACAGCAUAACCAGUAACUCACAUAUGAAGUAAAAAGGAAUACUGUGAAAGGGGAGUACUCUUGUACAGUCAAUUCUUUCAUUAAAAUCUAUGCAUUUUUACAGUCCUCUACUUAAACUGGUAUUUUCAAACAAUAGGAAGCUAUUUUUUUUUUUUUACAGUUUAGUAUCUUGUUUCUACAUGGAAGACUAAACAUGCUUAUAGCUAAAUGUGGUCUUUGCCAACUAAAUUUAAGAUGCAGCGUUUUAGAAAUUUACAUAUCAAUGUUUCUACAGUAUUGUUUGCUAAUUUUUAAAUAAAGUCCUGAUCAGUGUGCAUUUGUGAUUAUAUGUGUACUUAUUUUUUACCUAAGCCGACGAGAUCUUUUCCGAGUGGUGUUUCAAAAGGAGCAUGUACAAAACCGGCCUGCAGACAUCAAAGUCUGGGGGUGCCUUUGCUCUUCCUGUUUGUGCCAAUGUAUCGAUGUAGAAUUGCUCUGUUUUCCUCCACUGUAUUUAUUGCUGCAUUUCUCAGCAUAAACCUAUCCCAUUGUAUUUUUUAUAAAUAAAUAUUUUUUUUGAACAUU